GGUUAAAUUUGAAAUUUCCAACGAGCAUCCCCGUCUGUUUCAUAUGGGAGUCCCCCCCCCUCCCCGGGGUUUUAUAUACCAUAUAAAGGAACUUCAUCACUAAAAGUAUUUUAGAUCACGUUUUGUAACAUACAAAACCCUGCACUUCAGACUUGAACAAAACACUAAUUCUGUAAAAUAGAAGAACACGAAAGAAUGAGUAAGAGACCUUGGGCGCCGGCCGAUCAUUACGUAUUUUCUUAUUGACUGAGUAAGAACGGCCCGGACGGGGCAAAUAUAUGUCAUCAUAUGGCUCCAAUUCAAAACAGACGGAAAGAGAGCAGCGAGGUCCUUACGUCGUGAUCGAGAACCACAUGUUUAACCGUCCAGUGUGAUCAAACUAAGCUAAACUAAAGUCACUGAGCAUUUUAUCAUAAGAUCACCACUCUUCCUUAUUCUUCAAGAUGCAAGAUGCAAAACUGAUGCACUGCAUCUUGAGGGCCAAAGGUGUCGAGUGCGGCUUUUUCCGGUCCUGAGUCACACCAUUGCUUCGGCCCUCAUGCAACUGAAUUCUUCAGGAUAAUAAAAGCGCCUGGGGGCUCUAUGCCGGGUCAUAUCGAUGGUAAAACGAAUUCCAAAUGACAAGCUUUGGCUCAAAACUUUAACAUGUUAAAGUUACCGUGAAGUUCCUUUAUACAUUACCACAGGUCGCACGUGAUCAUUGCUGUGAUUUUUUAUAGUCAUAAGACUGGGAGAAGCUUUGCCCAACUCAGUUAAGUCGCCGCGUUGACAGAUUUUUAAGAAGUUUUACAACGGUGAAGAAGUUUUUUUUUAAAGUAAAGAGUAGUACAGAAAAGGGGUCAGAAUCCGGCUUUUUGUGAAGUUUUUUUAUAACAUGUCCGAAGGGACUAUAUUACUCCGGGCAAAAAAUGCAUCGAUAGUUUGUCAACUACCGAGAGCUACCUUAUUCCUUUAAGAUGAAAGAUGGCCUACACGACUGGAAGGAAUGUAGCCACGAGAAACCAUACACUCUCUCCCCUCCAUUCCCCACAUUCCCGGCGAGUGCACAUUUAAAAGUUCCAAGUCGAACUUUUUAGCGUGACUCUCUGUUUCGUGACGAUGUCCUUGUGAGGAUUCAUUUCACUUCCUGAAGAGCUUCUUCAGAUGAGCGCGGUGACGUUAACCCCUUGGAACGCUAAUUGCAGUCCACUUCCGAUAACUUGAACCUUCAAGAGAAAAGAAUGAAGGUAUGAGUGCUUUUUGCGGAAAACAUUUUGAAAAUUUAAUUUGCGAAAUUACUUCUUAUAUCGCAUGCGGGUCAAUGUCCAACUUCACAUGAUCCAAUUGAACUUUGUAAGUUGUUUUAAAUUUGACCCCAACUCAGAGUCCAGCUAGGGAGAGGUUCAACUCCAUAGGAGCUCAAAACUCGAAUACAAACAGCCCACCCCAGACCUGUAACUUGCGUUUCAUAUCAGCAGUUGGUAAUAUUCUUGAGACCCAUAUGCAUGGACACUUUAUUUUUUGUUUCAGUUUUGCCUGUGACAAAGGGAGACUCGGAAACGCUUUUAUUCUGUCGCCCGUUUUUACGUUGGUUUUUUUUUUUUUUGAUAGAGUGUAGUCACCUACCUAGAACAGUUUCUGUGAUGAAUUACGCCAAACUGAAACCGGCGUGAAGCCUACCUUGUGUACUCGGCUCCAGUCUCCCAGAUUAAUGUCGACGCGUCUGUAACGUGAUUUGCUCGUGGCGUGACAAGACAGAACAUGCACUGCUACACAACAUAUCCCAAGGCGUUCCAGAGCUGGAGUGUUAAUGUGGUCAGAUUUACCUCUAAACAGGACACAAACGUAUAUCGGCUUGUCCAGCGUUGUAGGAAGAUACUAUUUAAAAAGAUUUCACCAUGACUACUGCAGAGGGUCUUGCGUGCCUGUUCCAGUCCGUCGAAGAACGUCCUGAGCCAGUCGAUGCGGAGAUAAGGGGUAAGAUUCCCUCCUGGCUGAACGGAACCUUAAUUAGGAAUGGGCCUGGUAAGUUCGAGUGCGGCGACAUCCCGUUCAAUCACUGGUUCGACGGCCAAGCACUUCUGCACCGUUUCCAGAUAAAGGAUGGCCAUGUGACCUACAGCAACAGGUUCAUACGGGGCGAUAAUUACGCAGAUUCUCUGAAACACGGCUCCGCAAAUCACUUGGCAUUCGGUACCUUUAUUCCCCCAGAUCCGUGCCGGAAUAUCUUUUCCCGUUUCUUCACGAAGUUUUGGCAUGGGUACGUUGCUUUGGACAACACGAACGUGAAUAUUUUUCCUAUGAAAGACAAACUGUACGCCACUACCGAGACGAACUUCUGGCAUGAAUUUGAUCCACAGAGUUUGGAAACUCUGAAUAGAGUUGACCUCACAACGGAGUUUCCAGGCGAUGCCAGAAUCAAUAUCGCAGCCGCUCAUCCUCAGAUAACCCGUGAUGGUUCUGUUCUUAACGUUUCCAUCCAAUUUGGUCCCUCCUCCUCCUACAACAUCUUCCAGAUACCACCAUCCUCUGGGAAAUCGGACGAGAAACCUUUAGAUGGCGGUAAAGUCCUUUGUUCCAUUCCGCAAGCCAGUGGCCUUGGCUACAUGCACAGCUUCGUUCUCACGGAGAAUUAUCUUGUACUCACCGAAACACCGUUAUCGUGGAAUUUAUUGCGAAUUCUGACGACCAGAUUGUUCGAGUCAAGUUUUGCGGAUUGGCUCCACUGGAAUCCGAACCAACCCUCAAGGUUUCUAGUAAUCGACAGGAAUAAAGGAAAACAUGUUGGUGUCUUCACAACAGAGCCGUUUUUCGUGUUUCACCACGUCAACGCUUUCGAAAAAGACGGCAAGAUUCAUCUCGACGCUUGCUGUUACCAAGACAGUCAAAUUAUCGACGAUCUUUACCUACAUAACGUGCGAACCCCCAAGAAGACUGUCAAAAGGAAAGUUCCCCUUGCAGAAGUUCGUCGCUACGAGCUUCCCCUGGCAGAACUCGGCGGAAAGGCAAAGGAGAAGAAAUCUCUUGCUAAGCGGGCAGAUGGGCUUGACUACAUUUUAUUGAACGCAGGGCUAGACUUGCCCCAGUUCAAUUAUGCUGAGAAGAACGGCAAAGAGUACAAGUUCGUCUACGGCGUGGGAACGAAGGAGUUUGUUUUUGACCAUUUGAUCAAGGUCAAUGUCGAGACGAAGGAGGGCGUCACAUGGGAGGAGCCCGAGGGAUUUACUUCUGAGCCUGUGUUCGUGAAAAAGCCUGAUGGGAAGGAUGAAGAUGACGGUGUAGUUCUGUCGUCCGUGAUAAAUACCCGUGAUCAGACCACCUCCCUAUUGGUGCUGAACGCGAAAGAUUUCAAAGAGCUGGGCCGAGCGAUUGUAAAUGGAGUUACUCCGAUGAAUCUUCAUGGCUUGUUUCAGAAAUAACUCUAUUUGCUACUGAGGCAGCCAAGUUUAUAUCAUAAUAAUGAAUAAUUAAUAAUAAUAGUUUUAAAACUUAUAGAGCGCAAAUGAACAUUAAAAUAUGAUCAAAUGCGCGUAUCUUCUUUCUGAAUGUUAUUCAGGCCAGCAGCUGAACUUCUAAAAUUCUUCCUACAGUUAUGAAACCAACUUUUUGGCAUGUCAGUGCCCUUGAAAGUCUUAGCUUUGUAUUUAAGUCUUCUAAUUUAGAAUUACUACCUGCUAUUUGUAAACACUGUAUUCAGUGUUGUGCGAAAAGCUUUGCUGUAGUUUUGAGGCUAUCACUGUAGAAUGAAUGUCCUAAGGAACAUUGUAGUCGCUUAACAGACCCACUCCUUAAAGCCUUCCAAGGCAGGCUGUGAUACUAAAUGUAAACCAAAGGGUGUUAGAAGUUGUUCUUGGUAAAAAAAAUACUUGAUUUUCUUGUGAAAUUUUUUUUUUGAAUGGGCCGGUACGGAAAGUCUGUCGUCAAAAGUGUACAAAAAAGUGAUCGUUUAAAAGAAACAUUUUGGACCAAAGAUACAGUGCAAAUAAGAAAAAAAUUUAUGGAAAAUACGUCAGAUGUGGCUAAAAGGAUAUAUGGAAAUGAUUUUUCACCUGAUGUGCUAGGAAAGAAGAAAGUGCAUCUAUUAACCCAGCAAAAUAUUUGUCAUUGAGGAGGGCAACUUUGAAAUAAAGUCACACCAGUUCAUAAAAAGUGA